AUGUCUUUACUAAUGAGUUCUAAGGUACAUAGGAAUGCUUUGAUGGAGGUGUUAAAUGGGGUUUGCAUUCCAAAAGAGACCACAAGUGAAACCUUAGCUGCAAUAAUUGGAAGAGUGGUGGAAUCUAACAAAAUUUCUUUCCAUGAUAAUGAGCUACCAACAGAAGGGAUUGGACACAACAAAGCACUUCAUAUCGCGAUCAAAUGUCUUGAUAAGAUUGUGACUCGAGUUUUGAUUGAUGGCGGUUCUGGAUGUAAUAUUUGUCCUUUCACAACUCUGAGAGUUUUAGGUUUAAAUAUGGGAGAUAUAGAGGAAAGUCGUGUAAAGGUUAGAGCUUUUGAUGGAGCACAGAGAAGCGUCAUUGGAGAAAUCUAUCUCACAUUGCAAGUGGGACCAGUAGAAUUCCCUAUCUUAUUUCAAGUGAUGGAUGUGUCAUCGAACUACAACCUGUUGCUGGGAAGACCAUGGGUCCAUAUGGCAAAAGCAGUUCCUUCAACUCUUCAUCAAUGUGUAAAGUUUGAGUGGGGUCACGCAGAAGUUACUGUUCAUGGGGAGCUCAAUCACCCCAUCUAUUCUGUCAAUUCUGUUCCAGUAACUGAGGAAUUAGAUGGAGCCACUUUUCACACUUUAGAAAUCAUGCAAGCUGUGAGGGUUGACGAGAAGUUAGAGUCAGUUGGUGUGAAAUUAUCGGGGGCAGCGAAGAUGGUCACAGCAGAAAUGUUGAAAUACGGGUAUCAGCCUAAGAUAGGACUUGGACCCAGGGCCAAUGGCAUAGUUGAACCCAUCCAGCUGAAGCAUCAGAAAGGUACCACUGGACUCGGAUAUGGAUCUACAUCGGGACGAGUCCACAACAGGGGAUCCAUCAAGACAACGUUUGUACCAGAGCAAGUUCUGAUUCUGGAUCACGCAUCUGACGAUGACAUAGUGGAAGGAAUAGGAAAUUUGUUCGUGGCCAUGAUUGGAGAAGAGGAAGAGAUAGAUCUCCGCAAAUUGAGCAUCCGUGAUUCCAAGCCUGGAGAAAGCUUGCAGAAUUGGACCAUCAGUCCGUCCCUGUUUCAACAAGAGUCCUGCAUUUGUAUUAAAAAUCCUAAUUCAAUGGUUAUGACAUGUAACGAAUCCAUAGAGCAAAGUGAAAAUAAUGAACCCGAUCACGAAGAACAUGAUGAAAGCAUGAUGCUUGAAAACCUACCACUGGAGGUCGAGCAGUUCGAGAGCCAAGAAAAGCCUAAUAUGGAUGAAACAGAGGUUGUCAACUUAGGAGAUGAGGAAACUGUGAAGGAAACACGAAUUAGCAUACAUUUGGAGGCCGAAAGAAAGAAGGAGUUAAUAGAAUUGCUUAGGCAACAUAUCGACAUAUUUGCUUGGUCUUAUGACGAUAUGCCGGGGUUAUGCACCGAUAUCGUCUCACACAGACUACCAAUUGAUCCCACCUUCCUACCUGUUAAACAAAAGACAAGAAAGUUCAAACUAGAUUUGAGUCUAAGGAUUAAAGAGGAGGUAACCAAGCAAAUUGAGGCAAAUGUUGUGAGGGUCACAAAUUACCCCACUUGGCUGGCCAAUAUAGUACCAGUGCCAAAAAAGGAUAGGAAGAUCAGAAUAUGUGUAGACUAUCGAGAUCUCAACAGAGCUAGUCCUAAGGAUGAUUUCCCUCUCCCAAAUAUUCAUAUACUCAUCAAUAAUUGUGCAAAACAUGAAUUGCAAUCAUUUGUCGAUUGUUUUGCGGGAUAUCACCAGAUACUAAUGAAUGAAGAUGAUGCAAAAAAGACAGCAUUUAUCACUCCAUGGGGGGUGUAUUGCUAUAGAGUAAUGCCAUUUGGCCUAAAAAAUGUUGGUGCAACCUAUAUGAGGGCCAUGACCACCCUCUUUCAUGAUAUGAUCCACAAGGAGAUUGAAGUAUAUGUGGACGAUAUCAUUAUCAAAUCCAAAAGGAGUUUGGACCACCUAUAUGAUUUACGAAAAUUCUUUGAGAGGUUGCGAAAGUAUAAUCUAAAAUUAAAUCCAGCAAAGUAUGCAUUUGGAGUACCUGCAGGAAAACUGUUAGGGUUCAUUAUUAGCAGGAGAGGCAUAGAGUUGGAUCCUUCUAAGAUCAAGGCAAUUCAAGAAUUACCUCCCCCGAAGACCAGGAAGGACGUGAUGAGUUUCUUGGGAAGGCUUAACUACAUCAGUCGAUUCAUAGCACAAUCCACCGUAAUUUGUGAACCUAUUUUUAAAUUACUAAAGAAGGAUGCUGCCACAAAAUGGACGGAGGAAUGUCAAAGGGCUUUUGAUAAAAUCAAAGAAUAUUUGUCCAACCCGCCAGUAUUGGUCCCACCUGAGCCUGGGAGGCCGUUGCUAUUAUAUUUAUCUGUCAUGGACAAUGCAUUUGGAUGCGUAUUGGGACAACAUGAUGAGACAGGUAGAAGAGAGCAAGCCAUUUACUACUUGAGUAAGAAGUUCACACCGUAUGAGGCAAGAUAUACCUUAUUGGAACGAACAUGUUGCGCUUUGACUUGGAUCGCGCAAAAAUUUAGGCAUUACUUGUCUGCAUACACCACGUACUUGAUCUCAAGAAUGGAUCCACUAAAGUACAUAUUUCAGAAGCCAAUGCCUACAGGUAAAUUGGCAAAAUGGCAAAUUUUGUUGAGCGAGUUCGACAUUGUGUACGUGACACAGAAGGCCAUCAAAGGACAAGCCUUGGCUGACCACCUCGCAGAAAAUCCAGUGGACCAAGAUUAUGAGCCGCUCAAAACUUACUUCCCUGGUGAGAAAGUAUUGUUUGUAGGAGAAGACGUAUCAGAACGAUACGAUGGUUGGAGGAUGUUUUUCGAUGGAGCAUCAAAUUCCAAAGGAGUUGGAAUAGGAGCGGUUUUAAUUUCAGAAAAGGGUCAAUAUUACCCAAUUUCAUCCAAGAUUAGGUUUGAUUGCACCAAUAACAUGGCAGAGUAUGAAGCUUGUAUUCUUGGACUUAGAAUGGCCAUAGACAUGAACGUCAAAGAGCUUUUGGUCAUAGGUGAUUCUGAUUUAUUGGUUCAUCAGGUGCUAGGAGAAUGGGCUACUAAGAAUGUGAAAAUCCUUCCUUAUUUGUAUUGCAUAAAGGAGUUGAGUAGGAAAUUCACAAGUAUUGAAUUCAAACAUGUCCCUCGAGCUCAAAAUGAAUUUGCCGAUGCUUUGGCGACAAUAUCCUCUAUGAUUCAGCAUCCAGACAAGAAUUACAUCGACCCUAUCUAA